AUGGUGGAGGCAGGCGGCACCUUGAGGGCUGGAGAUGACAAGAGGAACGGAGCUCAGGCGACCACAGCGCGCCAUAGCGCCAUCUUCAUGGUGCUCGCUGUCGGCCUGCUGGCCUUUGCUGCCCUGUCGGCAGUGGAGGAGGAGCAGGUGACCCCGACAAGCCUGCAGCAAAAGUCUGCUGCCUUCCGCGACCUUCACUUUGCCAACUCGCUCAAGCCAGGGACCUCUGAGAGGAGCAAGGCUGCUCGCUCCCCUCACUUCUCGUCCGGUGGCUCCGAGGAGGUGCUGGGCAGCUCCCACGAGCAGACGCUGGCGAGCGCGAAGAUGGCGGCGGAGAAGAGGAUGGCCAAGUCGAAGAUCCCAGCUGAUGUGCUGAAGGAGAACAGGGAGGAGCUUCAGCUGAAGAAUGAGCUGGACAACGACGUAAAGCAGAAGCAGGCGCACGCCUUCUCGCUGGCAAGCAAGGACCUCAAGUCUCUGCGGGACGAGGAGAAGGAGGCGGAGGAGGCGAAGAGGGAGAAGAUCAAGGUCACUGACGCCGCGAGCUCGCCGGACGGGGACGCGAGCGAGGAGCUGGCGCUGAGGAAGCGACUGGACGAGGAGGCGAAGGAAAGGGAGGACGCGAUGCUGAGAAAGGCAGAGCCGUUCCUCAAGAAGAUAAAGGGAAUCCACGAUGGGGCCGCCAAGUACGCCGGGCAUAUUGCCAAGGGCUCGCAGAUCUCAGAAUCGCAGCUCGAGGCCCAGCUGAGGGAUGAGCUGAACAAGAAGACGAGGACCGAGCAGGAGGGGUUGUACAAGAAGUCGAUCAGCUCGUUUCUCAGCUCGUCUCCUGGGAUGAGAGGAAGGGACCUGGGAAGAUCCAAGGAUGAGAACGACAGCUCCGAUGAUCUCAAAGAGGCGGAGAUGAUCAUGAAGAGGGAGCUGGAGCUGACCAAGCCGCAGUCCAAGGACAUGACGCUACUUCAUAAGUCACUGCAUCACAAAGUGAAGGUGGAGGAGCAGAAGAAGGUCCAUGGGAUCGACAUGUUGGAGAAGGCGAUGCUGCAGUCGAACCUCAAGAGAGCGAAGCUGGAUGAGCCAAAACUUAAGCACAAGAAGGAGAUGAUGAAGAAACUGCGGGAAGCUGCAAAGGCGAAGCUUGCCUCCUCCUCCUCCUCCUCCUCCUCCUCCUCCUCCUCAAGCAAGAAGCCUUCCUAUCAAGAUGCCAUGCUCACUUUCUCGAAGCGUCUGAUGAGCAAGGAGAAGAACGCUCAGCACAAGUUCGAUUCGACUGCAAGAGUGUUGAAGCACAAGUUCGCAAAAACAACCAAAGACCAGCUAGAGGAAGCAAUCAAGCACAAGGUGCAGCUUAAGCUGACUAAGGGAACUAAGGCCCUCGCUCAGGAGCGGGCGCAGCUCAUGCGGCAGUUUCAGGGGAAGCAUUCACUCUUCGCUAAGACAGAGGAGAAGGAGCUCAAAGAUCUCCAGACUAAGCAGAAGGCCAAGGAGGCGAGCUUGAGCGGGCCAAUCAAAGUGACUGACAAAUGGCACUUGUGA